AUGAGUGCGGAGGAAGGGGGUGGAAAGCGCAACACGCUGUUGGAUGCUGGUGGGAUUGAAGCUCGGUCUAAGAGCACAUGCCGCUUUAUUCUCGUAUCAUUGCUAUUGCUGGAUUUAGAAGCUCCUCCACGAGCCUCAACCACCAAACACCAAACACCAAACACCACCGACCAACUCCACCUCCGCCCUACAACAGACACCACUUCCUCCGUCCUUCACAACCUCAUCCUCAUCCUCCUCGAGGGGCAACGUCGCUACAAUAUUCGGCUGGGCAGUUUCAGUCGCAAGUCGCUCGACGCUAUCGGACACUUUCGACACACCCAAGAACAUCGCAAGGUUCUUGGCAUCUACGCCUCUUCCAACCUUUUGACUUGGCGAAAGGUCCCCAACCGCCGAAUCCUCGCCUGCCCCCAAGCCGCCCAGAUGCACCGCGCAGCCCUCAGAGCGUUCCGGACAACAUCGACGUAUUUCAGCGCCGUCCGUAACCUGUCCCGCGCCCAACGAACAUCUCGCCGAGCUCUCUUCUCCGCUGCCAGUCUCAACGCCAAUCGUCAUCCCGUCGGUAAUGAAACUCUAAGGUCCUCCAUGUACUUUCGUCGUCUGCCAGUCGCGCUCGUCUCCAGCAUCGUCGUCGGAUACGGCGCCUGGUACUCGUAUAACUCGACCAACGGUGUUCCUGGCGGACAGUCUGUCGCCCGCAGCUUCACAUCUUCCCAGGGCACGAGUGAUGCCCUGCCCACCAGGACCGUACUGGUAGUCGGCGCAGACGAGCUGAGGCAGGGCACCAUUGUGGGAGAAGGGCCUAUUCUAAAGCCAACGGCCGACGGCCGCCGAAUCGUCGAAAUGUUGACCUCGGAACAGGCCACCGAAAAGUUGAGGACGCUGGAGCAGUCCUUUUCCGUCAACAGAGGACAAGGCGUAACGAGAUAUGACUUGGUCCAGCUACCUAGUAAUGAUCCCAUCGAGGACGACCAUGCCGAGAAGAUUGUCGAAGUUCCUAGUCGUUCUGCCGGAGCAGACGGAGCAAGCAACGACUGGAUGUUCUGGGGCGUAUUCGACGGGCACUCCGGCUGGACAACAUCAGCAACCCUUCGCGAAAGCCUAAUCAGCUACGUCGCUCGCGAGCUUAAUGAAACCUACAAGUCUGCCAAAAGCAGCCCGCCGACAGACGAAGCCAUUGACACCGCCAUCAAAACCGGCUUCAACCGCCUUGACCACGAAAUCGUCCAUAAGAGCGUCGAAAAAGUAUUCAAAGCCAGCUCCAAAGCUGUCGCCGCCGAGCUCCUCCAACCUGCCCUCUCUGGUUCCUGCGCCCUCCUCUCCUUCUACGACACCCGCAGCAAUCUCCUCCGCAUUGCCUGCACAGGCGACUCUCGCGCCGUCCUCGGCCGCCGCUCAGAAUCAGGCAAAUGGACCGCCACCGCUCUCUCCGAAGACCAAACUGGCGGCAACUCCAACGAAGCAGCUCGCAUGCGCAAAGAACACCCUGGCGAAGAUGGUGUCAUCCGCAACGGUCGUGUCCUAGGCGGCCUCGAACCAACCCGUGCCUUUGGCGACGCCGUCUACAAAUGGUCCCGCGACGUGGCAGGCAAACUCCGCGCCUCAUUCUUCGGCCGCUCUCCCUCUCCGUUGCUCAAGACACCGCCUUACGUUACCGCUGAGCCCAUCGUCACAACCACAAAGGUCAACCCCGAAAAGGGCGACUUUCUCGUCCUCGCAACAGAUGGACUCUGGGAAAUGCUCACAAACGAAGAAGUAGUAGGCCUCGUAGGGCAGUGGAUCGAAAGCCAAGCCUCAUCAUCCACCUCAUCUACUUCACAAUUCGAAGCCGCAUGGUCCAAGAUCUUUGGCUCCCAGAAUAAACCGCUUCCCGUGGAACAAUCCAAGACAGAUGGCACAGAUGGUCAACGCACGCCCAUCCGCGUCCAGCAAUGGGGUCUGAAUCCCGAUGCAAAGGACCGUUUUACCGUCAAGGAUAAGAAUGUCGCUACGCACUUGGUUCGGAAUGCGUUGGGUGGAAAUAACGAUGAGCAAGUGAGGGCGUUGCUUACUCUUCCUUCGCCGUUUUCCAGGAGAUACCGGGAUGACUUGACUGUCCAGGUUAUAUUCUUUGGAAAUGGCGCCAAGACUGGCGAAGUUACGAUAAAUCUGGAUGCUACUGCCGAAACGGCCGAGCCUAAGCCUAAGCUUUAA